GUCAGGGUUAGCGGUUUGAUUCCCACUAGGGGUACCCAUGCUGAGAUUGUAAUACAUAUCUGUAUUUGUUCUUGCUGUGACGGCUUCCCCUGCAGGGCUCGUGGGACACCAUGCGUCUCCCAUCACCAAACUCUACCACCACGUGGAUAAGAAGAUGAGCUGGACUGAUGCUCAGCGCUACUGCAGGGAGCAGUUUCAUGACCUGGCGACCAUAGACAACCGGGAAGACCUAGAGCGGCUGCAAGCGUCCAGAAAAGGGUCCGAUUAUGACAUUGACAGCGCAUGGAUCGGACUUUAUGAUGACCGCACCAGAUGGCAGUGGUCCUACGGCAACCAAGACUACAAAAUGGGUCAAGACUAUGACAAUUGGUUCGGAUCUGAACCCAACAACGGAGGCGCCAAACAGAACUGUACAGUGAUUAUGCCACAAACAGGAGGAUGGUCGGAUAAGAGCUGCAGCGACCUGGCCGGUCCUGUCUGCAUUAAUGCUGCGGGCAACUACAUCGAUGUCCAAGAAAAAAUGACCUGGUACAAGGCGAGGAAAUACUGCGUGUCUCACCACACUGAGUUGGCAAUUGUGAGAGACGCGACAGAGAACAGCAAAAUCUAUGCCUUGUUGAAUUCAAACGCAUGGAUCGGGCUCCACAGAAAUCCAUGGUCCCACUGGUCUGACGGGAGUAGACCCACUUACCUUAAUUGGCAAAGUGGCCAGCCAAACAAUCUAGGAGGCAAGCAAAAUUGUGCUUCAAUGAAUUUUAUUAGAGCAGAUUAUGGAGACGUAAAUUGUCAGGCUUUGAAUUACGUCGCCUGCCAGGAACUGCAGAAACAACGGUCAACCUUUAGGAUAAAGAUCCGCACCGAGGCAGACAUGACAAAUCCGGAGGUUCAAUGCCAGUUUUUGGAAAAGCUCUCUGCCAAAAUGGCCAAGGAAGGCGUGACUGGCGUACAACUCCAUUUGGUUGUGAAGGACGGACAGGACCAGCAGAGUGAGAAAUGAAGAGCUCUUUGCUGUAGAAUAAAUUUCGUUGUAUGAAAUGUUUCAGACACAACAGCGUGUGACGCCCCUUGCUUUAGAUCAACCAAUGAGGCAAGAACUGAGCUUUUGUCUUGACAACUUUUCAGCAGGCGAUCUUGUUGACAACCUAGCCACAUUUACAUUUAGGGAAUUUAGCAGACUUGCAAUAAGUACAUUUGUCAGAAGAAAGUGAAACAAUAUAUUGAUGUCGGUACAGUAAGGAUGUUGAUAGAAACAAGUGCCAAGAUUAACAAUUGCUAGGUUAACCCAUUCCCCCUUCUUCAAGAAAGAUAGCUAGGAUAGAAUUCUACACAAUGCUAAGUACCAUUUUUAAAUGCCAGGACGUACAAUAUACAAUAACUGCGUAAGUGGGGAUGUUUUUAGGAGUGUAAGGGAGGUGAAUG